AUGGAUCUGCAUUGGAUUAGUUUGCUUCUCUUGGCUUUGCUCCUGACUCGGAAAAGCGGGCAACUAUUCUACGAUGAUCUGGGCGGCUUCCGGACAUUCGCACUGAUCGACAUCGAAAGCCAUUUCGAAGUUUUGACGAUCCCAGGUGUCGGCACUGCAUCUGUCGGGUCUGCCGAGCACGCAGCGCUGCAUGCAAUCUUGAGCGACACACGUGCCGGCGGACUCCCUUGGCUGCGACUACUGGUCUCCACCGAGGACACCCUCUCCGUGCAGGACUACAGCGCAGUGCAGCAGCCCCGUGACUCCUCGGAUGGCAUCGGCUUGGGUAGCACAAGCUCGGUGCCUCCUCCAGACAGCACCGACGAUGUGCUCUGCACUGGUCUGCUGAAGCACGUGUGCGACAAGGCCGCUUGUUAUGCUGAUGGCGCGAUGGCAUGGGACCGAGCUGCAAAAGCCACCAAGAGGAAGAUGGUCUUCUCACAUGCACAGCACAAGAACUCUGUCUUCACCCGCCCACUGGGACGCAAACCACGUCCCAAUGGGUCGUCCCUUGCAGGGACACAACAGAUAGAUAGGAUAUGGCAGCAUCCCAAAACAAUCUUCACAAAAAAAAGCAAGGAACACAAAAGCCCAUCAACCAGAAGGGUUUGUGGUCUUACCUUGACCAGUUCCAGUGGCGACGAGUCCAGAAGGAUCCGUAUGCUGCUUUGGCCGGCCUCUGCCAGGAGUGUAUAA